AUGUGCAAGUACUGGCUCCAGCUUUGCGAGCGUUGCUUCACUCCCCGUCGCGGCGGCUACAGCAGUCCCAACCGGAAUGUCACCGAUGGCACCUGCGGCCAUAAGAAGCUUUCUGAGCACUACGCCCUCUAUCCGACCCUGUACUGGCACGAACGCAAGCGCAACCGGCGUCUCGACGGCGCGUUGUUGCACAAUCAAGUUCCAAAUGACGUGGAGCUUCAUCUACGAAUCUGGUUGACCCCUGGUUGCAAGAAUUGCCUUGGCAAGAAAGAGGUCUAUACGGAGGAGGGGAAGAUUGAGACGGUUCAGAAUGCUGCGUUGGUAAAUGCCGGUACGGACGAGGAGGAGGCUGAGUUGCACGAGGCGGACUUCGCGUAUCUGCAGGCCAAGAGAGUCAUGUGCAUUUUCCUGGAGGAGUAUCCCACCAUCCAGGGCGCUCUGCCGGGAGAGUUUCGGAAGUGGCAGGCUUGGAAGAAGGCGAACCCCGAUCCAGUCUUGGAGCAAUUCCAUAAAUGGAUCCUCAAGGAAGACGACGACGAUGGCCCGACACCGCGUGCCAAGCCUCAAAUCACUGGCCUCCCUGCUGGCACUCUUGACCUUCCUCUUGGAAGCAAAGACAAGGCUACCUUCAAUGAUCCAUUCGCGUACCUGGUGGGAAGUUGGGACGAGGAUGCAAUUUCCGAGGAUGCAAGGUCUUUGUCACUCGAGUACGAGUCCGACUCAUCUGUCCCUUCUGAAGCCGUUUAUUAUGACUCUGAGUCUAAUAAGGAGAAUUCUAAUUAA